GUGCGAACAGGGAAGAAGGAGCGUGUUGUGUGGCGCUUGAGUAGAUCUGAAGUGUCAUCACAAGUCAGAGCUCUGUGUCGUGUUCGAAAGUUCCACAGAGAGUGUCCGGAGUUUACCCGCCCUGCUAGAGCGUCUCCCGCUGCACAUGGCUGCCACGGUGCUGAGUAUGAGUGCCAGGCUGCAGCGCUUGGACGAGCCGGUCUUUACCCAAUUAAAGCCUGUGAUGGGCCAGCAGCCGCCUGUCCGAGGGGAGCCAAUCACGGGAGGGACGCUGUUCGCAGAAGACAUGAAGAGCUCCCGCGUGAUGCACGAUGACUUGGUGCAGACUAGAUGUGAAAUGGAUAAAUAUCUUUCACCUCAUCAUCAUCCUCCUCCUCCUCAACUGAACAUCAUGCCUGAUUCCAAAAACUACAGGAGAGACAGUGCAUCAGGCUUUGACCAGUUUUUUAACGAGAGUGAUGGACUUCCUUACAGUAUAAACAUGAAUGUCUUCCUUCCUGAUAUCACUCACUUAAGAACAAGCCUGUAUAAGAGCCAGAGGCCACCUGUGAGCCAUAUCAAGACAGAGCCCACUUCAGUAUUUAGCCACACAAGUGAUGCUGAACCCACCCAGAGUCUUCCUGAAUUCACCAGCAUCUUCACUUCCCACCAAAGCUCUGACGUUAAUAACAUUUACAUCAAACAAGAGCUCCCUUCACCAGAGAUUCCGCUUUCUGUCAAUCCUCAGCAGGGCCAGUUGUAUCAGCUUUUAAAUUCACCAGAUAUUGAUAUGUCUAACUCCACAAACCAGCCCUCGGUGAUGGACAAUAUUAAUAGUGCUUCCAUGGCCACAGACAUGUCUGGCUUUAAUGCACUUUCUUCUCCAGUACCACAGACUGCAAUGAAACAAUUCCAGAGCAUCCCUCAGUGCUCAUAUGGCAUACCUAGCCAAUUUCUGCACCAGCAGGAAGGAACUUACUUCCCUCCUUCUCCCCCUAGCUCUGAGCCUGGCAGCCCAGAUAGGCAAGCAGAGCUUCUCCAGGGUUUAAACCCUCCUCCAUCUUAUGCAGCCACAAUAGCCUGCAAGAUGUCCAUUCACAAUCCAGCCUUACCUGCACAGGUGCAAAUAACAGCCCCUAUUCAGCCUGCACGCUUCAACCGUAGAAACAACCCGGAUCUGGAGAAAAGGCGCAUUCAUUAUUGUGACUACCCUGGUAAGAACCUACAUGUUAUUGACUUGGUAAAUGUUUAAAGGAGAACUAAAGCUUAAAGGGAUCCUGUCAUGGGGAAAAAAGUUUUUUUCACGGCGCAUCAGUUAAUAGUGCUGCUCCAGCAGAAUUCUGCACUGAAAUCAGUUUCUCAAGAGCAAACUGAUUUUUUUUUAUUUUUUUAUAUUUAAUUAUGAAAUCUGACAUGGGCCUAGACUUAUUGUCAGUUUCCCAGCUGCCCCAGUCAUGUGACUCUGAUAAACUUCAGUCACUCUUUACUGCUGCACUGCAAGUUGGAAUGAUAUCACUCCCUCCCUUCCCCCCCCCUCCAGCAACCUAAUAACAUAACAAUGGGCAGGUAACCAGAAAGCAGCUCCCCCACAAGAUAACAGCUGCCUUUUAGAUCUAAGAACAGCACUCAAUAGUAAAAUCCAGGUCCCACUGAGAUGAAUUCUGCUGGAGAAACAGCCUGUCAGAAAGCAGUUCCAUCCUAAAGUGCUGGCUCUUUCUGAAAGCACGUGACCAGGCAAAAUGACUUGAGAUGGCUGCCUACACGCUGAUAUUACAACUAAAAAAAAAAUACACUUGUUGGUUCAGGAAUUACAUUUUAUAUUGUAGAGUGAAUUAUUUGCAAUGUAAACAUUGUAAUUUAGAAAUAAAAAAUACAUAAUAAAAAUCAUGACCAAAGCCAUAUAAAGAAAAAUGAGUCUAGACAUGAUAUUCGUUAAUGUUUUGGGCUUCUGUACCAGCCCAAGGCUACCACAGCCUUUAGCAGUGAAGAUCUGUGCCUUAUAAUACAGUAUGCACACAUGCUGUGCCCUACUUUCAGUUAUCUUAACUUAGUGACAGACUCACAAUAUACACUAUAAAUGGAAAUUAAAAUAAAUCAAGGAUGAUAAGUAA